UUGGUGUUGGGAUUUGGUACUCGAUUAAUCCGACUUCAUCAUAUUUUAUUGUCUCAGAGGUUUGGCAGUAGUAGUGCGCUUUGUUUUAGCUCCCAAACUGCAGUAGAAUCUUUCGUGCUGUGUUCGGCUUCUGAAUAUCCUCAGGGGGUGACGAAGUCUGUGCCAGUGUUGCGGUGUAUGCCUGGCGAAUUGAUUGGUUUGAUGUGCGUGAUCACAGGAGAGGCAAACAAUUGCAGCGCACAAGCGUCCGUUACUUCACGGGUAGCGGUGUUGUCUCGCGACAACUUUUUCCGUCUGGUGCGUUCCUAUCCGCAGGUUCUUAUCAAUGCUGCCAAUCUUGUCUGUCUACGAUUGUCGCGUCUUCUGCGACUGGCCGAUUUUGCUAUUGAGUGGCAUGGGGUAGAUGCGGGCAAGGCGCUAUAUAAACAGGGUGACGACUCGAAUUACGUUUACGUGGUGCUAAACGGUCGAUUUCGAGAGGUUCACACGAACGUCGAUGGGAGUCGCAAUGUGAUUGCUGAAUCGGGUCGUGGGGCUUUUUUGGGCUAUGUGGAGGUUACUAGCGCCAAACCUCGUAUGAACACAGUUCUUGCCAUCCGCGACUCCGAGGUGGUAAAAAUGCCUUCUAUUCUGUUGAAUUGGUUGAAGCGCCUUACUCCUCAUCCCGUGAGUCGAUUUAUCCAGCUUCUCUCCGACCGACUGAUGCAGCCCACCGGGGGUCAAACCCCUUCCUCCACCUCUUUCGGAACCUUUGCAUCUGGAUCUUAUACCGAAGGUGCUCUGACGAAUCUGCGCGCCAUUGCAAUUCUCGCUACCUCGCCGGAUAUCAACACAGAGGCCUUCACACUUGAGUUACAGCAUGCGAUGUCGGUCUUCGGCUCAUCGCUUCGACUAACCUCUGGUAUGUAUUCUUUCUUCCUCGAACUUUGGCCGUUACCCCAGUGCGACUCAUCACUCUAUGUACUGCAUGCGUUGCCAAGCCGAGUGGAUGUACUUUGUUGUCUGUUUAGCAAGCUCACAGGCUUCAAGUCUUACUACUUGAAGCUGCGUUACCUGCAGUCUGUGGUUGACUAUAUGAAGAGUCUUGUGCGCUUCUCGUUCCAAAAUUAUAAAAUCGCCAUAGAGAACGUGGAAGCACUUUUCCAGGAACAAUUGGACUUCCGUUUUUCUUUGUGCUAA